AUGAGUUUGAAAGGAUUCCAGAAAGCCAUUGUGCGGGCUCCCCAGAACCUGCGGCAAAAGUUCAACAUGGGGGAGACCACCAACGACCCCGUCUACCAGGACGCUGAGAGAAGGUUCAAAGAGUUAGAGGAUAUGACGAAACGCUUGAGCGAGGAGUCGAAGCGGUACCACAAAGCGGUCAAUGACAUGCUGGAUAGGCAGCUUGGGUUUUCAAAGUCGAUUGAAGAAAUCUUCAAACCGAUUAGCGGCAAGGUGUCGGACCCUAACUCUACCAUUCCAGAAGGCAAUCCUGAAGGUAUUGAGGCUUGUGUCCAAUACAGAGAUGUUUUGCAGGAGCUCAAAGAGACGCUCAAACCAGACCUGGAGCUCAUUGAGUCCAGAAUUGUCGGUCCGGCUAACGAGCUGUUGCGCAUCAUCCAAGCUAUCCGGAAAAUGGCAACAAAGAGAAACCAUAAGCAGCUUGAUUUGGACAGACACCAGAACUCGUUGAAGAAAGCCCAGUUGAAGGCCGAGAAAAACGAGAAGAUGGAAGAGAAAGUGUACAAGUACGAGAGUGACGUUGCCAUUGCGCAGCAAGAGUUCGACUACUACAACGAGAUGUUGAAGACCGAGCUGCCUAUUCUCUUCCAAUUGGAGGGCGAAUUUAUCAAACCCUUGUUUGUGAGCUUGUACUACAUGCAGCUGAACGUUUUCUACACGCUGUCCUCCAGAAUGGAGGAAAUGAAGAUCCCAUACUUCGACCUGAACUCGGAUAUCUUGGAACAAUUCACGAACAAGAGAGGCGAUGUGGAGGAAAGAGCUGAAGCCAUUGGGCUAACACACUUUAAGAUCGGACACGCAAAGGCCAAGCUCGAGGCCACCAAGAGAAGAUACGCCUCGGGACAGCACACUGACCCUUCAUCUCCGACUUCAUCCUACGGUAGUGGAUCCGCUUACGGCCAAUCCUCCCCUCUCACUGCUUACGGCCAAACUUCGCCUCCACCGUAUGGUCAGACCUCGCCUGCGCCAGCUUAUGGCCAAACUUACGGCCAAACACCACCUACCACCACGUCGACGUACGGCUACCCAGAGGACAAAAAGACGCCAUAUGGCGCUCCCCAGACUGCUUCCUAUGGUUACUCAUCCCCCAAUUCUUACACUUCUGCGUCUUCGCCCGUGGUUCCUGCUGCUCCGGCUGCUGCUGCACCAGCAGCAGAAACUUGCACCGCGCUGUACGACUACACAGCGCAAGCAGAGGGAGACUUGUCCUUUAGUGCCGGACAGGUCAUUACAAUCUUGCAAAGGUCCGAAAACCAAAAUGAUUGGUGGACCGGGUCUCUUAAUGGUGUGACUGGAGUGUUCCCAGGUAAUUAUGUUCAACUGAAUUAA